AUGAAAGAGACCGAGACGAUUGAUGAGUUUGCUGGCAAACUCAGCGUUAUGAGCAGCAAUUUCUCCACUCUUGGUGCCAUGCUUGAAGAUUCCUCUUUGGUAAAGAAGUUGCUUGAUUCUGUCCCUAAUAAGUUCUUCUCUAUUGUUGCUGGUAUUGAGCAGUUUCCUCAUCUUGAGACGAUACCAUUUGAGGAGACUAUUGGAAGGGGAGCAACGUGGACACUUCGUCAGGAGGCAAGGGACGUGGGUCCAGCAGCCCUAGUCAUGGCAAAUGGCGUGGCCAUGGGCGGGGGUGCAGUCGUGGCCGUGGUACGCCGAGCCAAGACAGUGCAGGAGGCACUAGCAGCAACGGAGCCUGACACUAGGCAUGAGCGGCAGGAUACCAUUCUGCCCAGUGAAGAUAGGUUGCUACUGGAGAUGUACCGUGGCGUUAAUAAAGGAGAUAAAGACGUCUGGUACCUUGACAACGGUGCCAGCAACCACAUGAUUGGCCAUCGUGAGAAGUUUCAAGAACUAGAUGAAACCAUCACUAGGAGCGUGAGGUUUAGUGAUGGAUCAACCAUUGAGAUCAUGGAAACUGGGAAUGAGGUGCACAUGGAAAGAGAUACCAUGAAGGUGAUUGAUAGGAGUGGAAAGCUCUUGAUGCUGGUAAAGCGAACACAAAAUCUCUUGUACAAGAUAACCUUGAAGACAUUCAAGCAACUAUUAGGGGAGAAGAAAUUGGUGGUUGAUGUGCCUCCAUUGGCACAGCUGAACAAGCUUUGCGAGGUGUGUGUGAUCGCCAAGCAUGCAAGGUCGCCAUUCCCGUGCCAAGCAAAUUGUAGAGCGGAGAAGACGUUGGAACUUCUCCAUGCUAAUAUUUGCGGGCCAAUCUUACUAUGUACACUAGUCGGUAACAAGUACUUUCUUUUGAUUGUUGAUGAUUUUACAAGGUGGGUGUGGGUGUUUAUAUUGGCAACAAAGAAUGAUGCAUUUCGAGCAUUCAAGAAGUUCAAAUUUUUGAUGGAGAAGAAGACUGAAUACAAGAUCAAAACACUUCGGAUAGACCAGGGCGACGAGUUUCUAUCCACAGAGUUCACUCAGUUCUAUGAAAAUGAAGGAAUCAAGCGACAUCUCACGGCUCCCUACACACCCCAACAAAAUGGUGUUGUGGAGCAUCGUAAUCGCACCAUGAUGGCCAUGGCAAGAUCUCUCCUCAAGGGUACACAUAUGCCGGCAAGGUUAUAG